AUGGCCCGACCCGCGGAACUUAUUCAACGCCGGGAAGGGCAAAUGCUCUCUAGGAGUAUACCAAAGGUAUACGUGGCCUUUAAUGGAAUAUUAGUUGAGGGAUGUAACGCUCAGCUCGCGUCCGUGGCAAUGGUUGAAGAUGCCUUGUCACACUCGCGCGUUCGGACGCAUCACCCAUUUGUGGCCACAUUCCGUUGGUCUACGCACGACCUCCUGCGACUCAACGAGCUCAUCUGUGCAGUAAAUGUCGCAUUGCACUCCCUCAACGCAGCGGGAGAGCCUCCCUUGACGCUCUCCAGAUGUUGCACAGACAUGCUUCAAAUCGCCCCGACUGGUAUUAAGGUUAGGUAUCGCGAUGCAAUCAUCGAUAAUGCCUACAAGGCAGUGCCACGGGGCGCCAAAGACAAGGUCUCGUAUCUAUUGGGCAUGCUCUCAGACCAAAAAAAUCAGCCACUUCCUAUCAAGCGCCGUAUUCUGAUUGACGCACUGAAGAUUAUGACUGGGGCGCUGUGGCCCGGGGCAUCUCCACUUCGUUUUGAAGCUUCCACAAGCAACGAUGCCGACGCCGUGCCCGACAUUACUUUCCACCUUCAAGACGGCUCCGAGUACCGGUGGAUGGAAGGUCUAAGCUUCGUUCAAUUCGGCUCCGAUGCUCUUUUACGGGCGAAGAAGAACACUUCCACCCUCUUUCCCGUGCCCGGAAAUAUUAAUGCGACGCUCUGGAAGAGAAUACACGGACAAGCGGAGCAUGGCUUAUUACGAGAGGAGGCUCUGCAACUUGAGGAUGAAGAAUUGCGCAGACGCAGCAAAGUUAUCUCUGUAUUCCCACCAAAUGAAGGAGUGAAGAAAUACGUGUCUGUUGGUCCCCCUCUCCAUGCGUCAAAGCAACUCCAUUCCCCAGGCACGAAGGUGUGGAAAAGCUACACCACCAUAGGUGAUGUAAUUAACUACCGCAUGCCCAAUCAUAAUUUUCCUUGUUUAACGCAAUACCGAUGCGUCUUUGCGUCUGUCGGCAUCCCGCUGGCGGAAUUCGGCUCCACCCGUGAGCUACUGGAAGCCGUCCGUGAUUCCGUCCGUGGACAUCGGAACAUUGUAAAACAAGGGUACAUUCAUCGCGAUAUUAAGGAGGAGAGUAUCCUGAUAAGCGUUGAUCCCGCGAGCGAGCAAGGUGCUCGUGGAUUCCUUGUUAAUGUUGGAAGUGCUACCUUUUUCAUGGACGACAAGAACUACGAUAAGUUGUUGGAACUGAGGGGCUCUCCCGAGUGCAUCUCACUUAUGUUAAUAAAAACCCAUCGCGCCAAAGCCCCCUGCCCUCACGAAGCGUGGCACAAUCUGGAGGCCUUUUUCUGGGUCCUACUUCAUGUUGUGGUGCUCCACGUCCGCACGACUUUCACUCAAGAGGCAUAUAUCGACAUGUUCCCGCAAGGGUAUAGUGGCCGAAUGCAAUUCCUGCAGGAUGGUGUCAAACAUUUCCGCGUUCGCGAUCAUCCGCCAUUAACUCGAUGUAUCAGGGGCCUUGCUCGACUUGUAUUGAGUCAGUAUAUCCCGAAGGAAUCAGAGGAAGGUGUUCCAAAUGAAGAGGCCGACCUUUUAACUCACGUCAACGUCGUGGAGGAGAUCGAGACGGCAUUAUCUGCCGAUGACUGGCCUGCGGUGGACCAUCCUUCCAUCCCCUGUGCUCUAGCCGAUGACUUGCUCUCAGAAUUCGAGACCUUCGAAGAGGACGAUGGAUACCCUGACGCUGAUCAGGCGUAUGACCCGGACGACUAUGGACUCCGACAUCUAUUCGACGAGGAAGACGUGGACGCCAGUACCCCCAAAGUCAUCUCUACCGAUGAAUCGGACAAGGACCUUACCAACGUUUCUGUAACGGCUGACGGCGACUCACAAAGCGAGUGUGCUCUCAGCAACGGGGCAGUUGCCUUUUUGGAGCAGUCUUCUGCAAGUGAGAACGAACGGCCGCGAUACCGUCCUGAUUAUGCAGUAGAAGGGACGGGGGAUAUUUUGGCCGAUGGAGGACAGAACCCCUCCCAAGCGAAGAGGCUCCUUCCGAGUCUCCUUCCGAGUCUCCUUCCGAGUCUCCUCCCGAGUCUGCUUCCGAAGGAUGAUUUGGAAUCGAAAAAGGGCGAGGAAGUCUCUUCAUCGUCCGUGGUCGACCAGGUCGCCGAUACUCGCGACCAGCCGUCCGAGACAAUCAGAGACGGCGAGAAGGAUCAUCCAAGUCAAGUGAAGAAACAGGGGGGAGGAGACGAGGACCUGCCAUCAUCGGUGGUCAAAGAUACUGCGAAAGCGCCAGAGGUACUGCCAUGCGGAGCGCUGGACUGUCAGGGAGACAGUGAGGAUUUCGGGAGAACACCCGGGGAACGAAGGCACUCGGAAUCACAAGAAAUCGAGACGGUCGCUGCGCAGGACAAGCCACCUGCGAAGUUGCACGCAUCCACUUCUAACAUGCAAGCCACAAAAUCUGACCGAAAGCGAGCCAGAGAAGAUGAUGAUGAGUGUGAAGACGAAUUUGAAGAAAAGCGCGCUCGUCAACAGACCUACGAGAUAAUCGAUGUCCCGUUGCAGCUGGACGAAGCAUUCCUGGAGUUGUAG